AUGCGUAAUGGUCAAGGAAAAGAAGUUGCAUCAACAAGUGUAAUGAUUAAAAAAUAUGUAAAAUUAGAUCCAGAUGAUGAAUUCAGUUCACAAACAUUAAUUAAACGACAUGGUGAACAAUUAAAAAAUAAACAUAAAUCUUCAAAAUGGUGUCGAUUACAUAUAACAAAUGAUGAAUUAUGGUUAUCUGGUGCUUAUUGGUGGCCUAAUUCCAUAUUGAAUGGUAUUCAUUUAAAUGAAAUUAAUUGUUUAGUAAAAUUUUAUUCAACACCUAAUCUAUUAGCUUUGGGUAUAGCUUCACGUUUAUAUGAAUCUGAAAAACAAUAUGUUAUACUAUGUACAAAAAGUGGUUCAGAUCGUGAACAAUUAGUGAAAACUUUAACUACACUUUGUGGAAAUCGAUAUACACAAUCAGAAAGAAGUUUUAAUGUUCCAAUUGUUGGACCUACUGUUAACAUAGUUGAAAUUUCAUUAUCACCCGAUUUAAAAAAGCCAGUUUCUGUAGGAAAAUCAAUAGAAAUUAAUCAUGAGCCUAGUAUACAACCAGUAUCAUGUAAUAAUCCUGAAACAUAUAUAAAAGAAACGACAAUCAAAAUUGAAAGACAUUCUUCACUUAAUCAUAUAUCAACAGCACCAAUUUCACCUGAUCAUAUAACUACUAAUGUGACUGUUCCUGCUAAUAAUACUACUGCUACUUCUUAUACUACUACUGAAAAUAAUUACAAUGAUGCUGUCAAUAACUAUGAUGUUCACCAUCAUGACUGUGAUACUAUUAAUGCACCAUGUAAUAUAUCACCAUCACAAAAACCAUGUCGAGAAAUUCAAUGGAUUUCAAAUGAUAACAUAGGACCAUAUCGAUUGAAACGUUUUAUGGCACCUUAUUGUGAAGGAUUAGAGUCUGGUUUAAAUCCGAAAGAUUUAAUACAUGUUUAUUAUGAUCCAAAACAAGGGAAUAUUAUUUCACCAGAUGGACCAAUUUAUUUAUAUUGUGUCAAUUGUCCUACUGAAUGA